ACCCACAAAGUGAGUUUACUUGCUGCUGGUGUAUUUGGUCACAGCCUUGGUUCCUUCACUGACAGCAUGUUUUGCCAGUUCACCGGGCAGAAGCAGCCUGAUGGCGGUCUGGAUCUCGCGAGAACUGAUGGUUGAUUUUUUGUUGUAGUGGGCAAGGCGGGAAGCUUCGGUGGCGAUGCGCUCGAAUAUGUCGUUGACAAACGAGUUCAUGAUGCCCAUGGCUUUACUGGAGAUACCAGUGUCAGGGUGAACUUGCUUCAACACCUUGUAGAUGUAGAUGGCAUAGCUUUCCUUUCUCUUUCCCCUCCUCUUCUUCUUUCCAUCAGAUGGAGCCUUUGCCUUUCCAGCUCUCUUCUCGCCUUUCUUUCCUGCAACUUUGGGUGCCAUGUCUGUCGAUCAGAAUGGAAGUGAAUGCAAUGAGUUGACCCAGAUUCUAUUUAUAUCAAAACCAUUAGGGGAUCAAUUAACAUACGGAUCGAAAUCGUUGAGUUUUAAUUGGUUGCUUUAUUUCAAGGUCAAUAUGCUUCCUGUAUAAAUCAUCAUAUUUCAUUAGACACUUAAAAUUGUUAAGUCUGAUUGGUGCGUUUCGAUCCCAUUCAAAGUUUACCGCGCGUAUAAACGGUUAGGUUUGUAAGUUCAGUCCAUUCACUCGUGCAUUUUCGAGCUAAACGAUUGUUGUGAAAACAUGUCUGGUCGCGGUAAAGGAAAGGCAAAGGGCACCAAGUCCAAAAGCCGAUCAUCCCGAGCAGGACUUCAGUUCCCUGUUGGACGUAUCCACCGUCUUCUUCGCAAAGGCAACUAUGCUGAGCGUGUUGGCGCUGGUGCCCCAGUCUACUUGGCCGCGGUGCUCGAGUAUUUGAGCGCUGAGAUCCUCGAGUUGGCGGGCAAUGCUGCUCGUGACAACAAGAAAACCAGAAUCAUUCCUCGUCACCUCCAGCUUGCUGUCCGCAACGAUGAAGAGUUGAACAAACUGCUUGCCGGCGUCACCAUCGCUCAAGGAGGUGUUCUGCCCAACAUCCAGGCUGUUCUUCUGCCCAAGAAGACGGAGAAGAAACCAAAAGCCUAAACAGUCCUACGCUGCGUUAAAACAAACGGCUCUUUUAGGAGCCACCACAUUUAAAAAAGUCAUGACCAUAAAAAGAAAAACAUAUCAACCCAUUUGUAGAUUUAUUCUUCUUUGAAUAAGUCAGUGAAGCCAGAAAGUAACCCCUGAUUGAGCUUGCAUGAUAAUCCUUAUAACUUACGGUUAAAACUCCAUUGAUCAAAACAGAAGGCUUUAGUGGCUUAACUGGGUGCUUCCGUUCUAUAGAAGAAUUCACCAAAUAAAGUUACUGGGUUUAGGCGUUGAUUAGUUGAAAAUAAACCGCCCAUGAAACGGCAAUAUUUUGACAUUUUAGAGAGGGGUAGAAAUUAGGCUUAUGUGAAAAAGAUCAGUAAAAUAUGUGAAAUACAUAUAAAUAUUAAAGUUCGAACAUGUGCAUCUAAUGGCGAUGGGUUUUCCGUAGUGUCUCAUAGAUCACCGCGUUACAUCAAAUGCAAAUCUGUUUAGUUUAUAACGACGCCGGCGCGCAAUUUGUUUUUCUUUUGUCUUUAUGCCUCAACCAGCGUCCGUUAUACAGUUGAUUGCUUUGUUGCAAAAACGCAUCUUUGCUAGAACCUCUACAACGACAUCGUACAAAAAUGAAAAAUAAUAUUACUGACUGUCUUUUCUUCAACGAGAAACCCCACGCGCGGUGUACAUUAAAUACGAGAGUAAUAUCGCUUUAUUGGCUACGACUUUUAAAGAUUUGGUGGCUCCUAAAAGAGCCGUUUGUUUGGGUGGGUAACGCAAAGAUCUAACCGCCAAAUCCGUACAGAGUACGUCCUUGGCGUUUGAGAGCGUACACCACAUCCAUGGCGGUCACAGUCUUGCGUUUGGCGUGCUCGGUGUAGGUAACAGCAUCACGGAUCACAUUCUCAAGGAAAACUUUGAGAACACCACGAGUCUCUUCGUAGAUGAGGCCAGAGAUUCGCUUGACACCGCCACGGCGAGCAAGACGACGGAUAGCUGGCUUGGUGAUGCCUUGGAUGUUGUCACGAAGAAUCUUUCGGUGACGCUUGGCGCCUCCUUUUCCUAGACCUUUGCCUCCUUUACCGCGACCAGACAUGUUGAUGUUCUAUCUUGAACCAGGAUAAUGACUCAAACAUUGAGAAUUCUUGUUUUUAUACCACAAACAAUGACCUCACGGGAAACAGGCUAAAAGAAGUGUGAUUAGUUGUUCGCCAUUGGUGGAUAGAAACAAAAGAGCCAUGAGGUCAAGAUAAUCAUUACCAUCUAUUGCCUCACCAGACAAGACCGAACAUGUUGGAGGAGCAAAAACUUCACAUUAUCACUAACAAACGUGCGACUUAACUCCUCGACGAAUCUUAUGAUGAUAUUUUCUAACAACUAAGAAGGAAAGCUAACAAAUUAUUGUUUCCCACGAAUAAAAAAACCUUAAGUGGCAUACAGGAUCGAAAUGCAAUCCCAGAUCAUGAGACUAUUUUGCAAGCAGUUUUGGUUAUCCAAUGAAAUUGCAUAGUUUAUAACCAAUCAGGAAAUAGCGCGCUAAGAAUAAAGUAUUAGGGAUUACCGUCGAAAAAUUAUUCGUUGACUUUUGAGUUAGCAGAAAUGGCACGUACAAAGCAAACUGCCCGUAAAUCAACUGGUGGAAAAGCUCCACGAAAACAGCUGGCCACAAAGGCAGCUCGUAAGAGCGCGCCUGCCACUGGAGGAGUCAAGAAACCUCAUCGUUACAGGCCUGGUACAGUGGCUCUUCGAGAAAUCCGUCGUUACCAGAAAUCCACCGAGCUGCUAAUCCGCAAGCUGCCCUUCCAGCGUCUUGUGCGAGAAAUCGCUCAAGACUUCAAGACCGAUCUGCGUUUCCAGAGCUCUGCUGUGAUGGCUCUUCAAGAAGCAAGCGAGGCCUAUCUCGUUGGUCUGUUUGAAGACACCAACUUGUGCGCCAUCCACGCCAAGCGUGUCACCAUCAUGCCCAAAGACAUUCAGUUGGCCCGCCGAAUCCGCGGAGAGCGUGCAUAAGUCGAUUGCUUCCAAUACUUACAACAAAAACGGCUCUUUUAGGAGCCACCACAUCAAUAAAAGCAAUAACCAACAGAAAUGAAUUUUGUGUCCUUCCAUGUUUCCACUCCUUUAGGCACAAAAGCUAUGGCGAGUCGAAGGUCUAAAAUUUUCUUUCUUAUAACAAGCCAAACCGUUUUCGCAGCUCCAAGAAUGAGUAAGAUAUUUUUGUAACAAGAAUUUUUAAGUAAGGAACUUAGAAGGCAGAAAUCAACGAAAAUGAUACAAAUGUUUUAUCGGUUUAACUUGGUAACAAAUGAUGCGAAAAAAGCUACUUUACCUAUUUUUGUUCCCUGCCGAUGAAUUCUCCCAAUUGAUCGCGCGAUUUAUUUAGGAUAUUUAGUUUUAUGCGCAUGAAAUUGGUUAGUGAAUCAAAUCUGUAAAAACACUACAAAGUUGUCUGAAUAUUCUCAGGGAAAACAUAUCCAUAAAAACGGAAACCGCAGGAUUUAAAAAAUAGCUAGUGAAUGAGGCGCUCUUUCUUUUUUAAAAAUCUUUACCGUGUACAGCCGCCAACCCCUCAGAAAAUAUGAUCAUAACAUGGCCCAAUAAAUAUAAAAUGUUCCAGUCAUAAAAGUAAAUCAGAAGGAAGGUUAACCUUAUCUCCAUGACUAAAAACUGACCUUUCAGUUCUAACAAUAUUUUAACAGCUGACUGCCGCUCAUUUUUUGAAACACAAAAUGGUUCCAAACGAACAUCUAUAUUCACUGUCUACUAACAUAAGAUCGCUGCAUCUGCCAGUGGAAGGAAAUUUUGAUAUACCUUAGUUAAAUGCACAUCGAACCGUCGGUGUUUUUGCUAGUGACUCACUAAAAAAAUUACCUACAGUUAAUCAGAUCUCGAAAAUCUUGACCGCCUGUGACCAUUUAGACACUCAGCCUGAAUUUCAACAACUUAUGAAGUUUGGUCUUGUUGAAAUGCUCUCAAACUCGGUCCUGUUUAUCGGCAAACAGUUGAAACGUUCAGACGAAAAUGAAAUUCCCUGGAUUUGAUAAGCACCAGCUCAUCGUACUCCGGGAUCGUAAUAGCCUUCUCUCGACUUCUCUCCCUUGCGAAUGGAUGCAAGCGACUUUGUCCUUGUUACGAUGACAAAAGAGAGUUUAAACCAGGUUAAAUGAGAGAUAAUGUGAAGAUUAUAGCAAGAGACUUGAAGUGUAAUAGUUCUCCUAUCUCCCAAAUGUUUCUACACAGAAAAAAAGGUCGCAGGAGCAACAGUUAUACGACUUAAAAGAUAAAAUUGUUUCAAAAUUGACCGAUCCGCAACGAUGAAGAGUUGAACAAACUGCUUGCCGGCGUCACCAUCGCUCAAGGAGGUGUUCUGCCCAACAUCCAGGCUGUUCUUCUGCCCAAGAAGACGGAGAAGAAACCAAAAGCCUAAACAGUCCUACGCUGCGUUAAAACAAACGGCUCUUUUAGGAGCCACCACAUUUAAAAAAGUCAUGACCAUAAAAAGAAAAACAUAUCAACCCAUUUGUAGAUUUAUUCUUCUUUGAAUAAGUCAGUGAAGCCAGAAAGUAACCCCUGAUUGAGCUUGCAUGAUAAUCCUUAUAACUUACGGUUAAAACUCCAUUGAUCAAAACAGAAGGCUUUAGUGGCUUAACUGGGUGCUUCCGUUCUAUAGAAGAAUUCACCAAAUAAAGUUACUGGGUUUAGGCGUUGAUUAGUUGAAAAUAAACCGCCCAUGAAACGGCAAUAUUUUGACAUUUUAGAGAGGGGUAGAAAUUAGGCUUAUGUGAAAAAGAUCAGUAAAAUAUGUGAAAUACAUAUAAAUAUUAAAGUUCGAACAUGUGCAUCUAAUGGCGAUGGGUUUUCCGUAGUGUCUCAUAGAUCACCGCGUUACAUCAAAUGCAAAUCUGUUUAGUUUAUAACGACGCCGGCGCGCAAUUUGUUUUUCUUUUGUCUUUAUGCCUCAACCAGCGUCCGUUAUACAGUUGAUUGCUUUGUUGCAAAAACGCAUCUUUGCUAGAACCUCUACAACGACAUCGUACAAAAAUGAAAAAUAAUAUUACUGACUGUCUUUUCUUCAACGAGAAACCCCACGCGCGGUGUACAUUAAAUACGAGAGUAAUAUCGCUUUAUUGGCUACGACUUUUAAAGAUUUGGUGGCUCCUAAAAGAGCCGUUUGUUUGGGUGGGUAACGCAAAGAUCUAACCGCCAAAUCCGUACAGAGUACGUCCUUGGCGUUUGAGAGCGUACACCACAUCCAUGGCGGUCACAGUCUUGCGUUUGGCGUGCUCGGUGUAGGUAACAGCAUCACGGAUCACAUUCUCAAGGAAAACUUUGAGAACACCACGAGUCUCUUCGUAGAUGAGGCCAGAGAUUCGCUUGACACCGCCACGGCGAGCAAGACGACGGAUAGCUGGCUUGGUGAUGCCUUGGAUGUUGUCACGAAGAAUCUUUCGGUGACGCUUGGCGCCUCCUUUUCCUAGACCUUUGCCUCCUUUACCGCGACCAGACAUGUUGAUGUUCUAUCUUGAACCAGGAUAAUGACUCAAACAUUGAGAAUUCUUGUUUUUAUACCACAAACAAUGACCUCACGGGAAACAGGCUAAAAGAAGUGUGAUUAGUUGUUCGCCAUUGGUGGAUAGAAACAAAAGAGCCAUGAGGUCAAGAUAAUCAUUACCAUCUAUUGCCUCACCAGACAAGACCGAACAUGUUGGAGGAGCAAAAACUUCACAUUAUCACUAACAAACGUGCGACUUAACUCCUCGACGAAUCUUAUGAUGAUAUUUUCUAACAACUAAGAAGGAAAGCUAACAAAUUAUUGUUUCCCACGAAUAAAAAAACCUUAAGUGGCAUACAGGAUCGAAAUGCAAUCCCAGAUCAUGAGACUAUUUUGCAAGCAGUUUUGGUUAUCCAAUGAAAUUGCAUAGUUUAUAACCAAUCAGGAAAUAGCGCGCUAAGAAUAAAGUAUUAGGGAUUACCGUCGAAAAAUUAUUCGUUGACUUUUGAGUUAGCAGAAAUGGCACGUACAAAGCAAACUGCCCGUAAAUCAACUGGUGGAAAAGCUCCACGAAAACAGCUGGCCACAAAGGCAGCUCGUAAGAGCGCGCCUGCCACUGGAGGAGUCAAGAAACCUCAUCGUUACAGGCCUGGUACAGUGGCUCUUCGAGAAAUCCGUCGUUACCAGAAAUCCACCGAGCUGCUAAUCCGCAAGCUGCCCUUCCAGCGUCUUGUGCGAGAAAUCGCUCAAGACUUCAAGACCGAUCUGCGUUUCCAGAGCUCUGCUGUGAUGGCUCUUCAAGAAGCAAGCGAGGCCUAUCUCGUUGGUCUGUUUGAAGACACCAACUUGUGCGCCAUCCACGCCAAGCGUGUCACCAUCAUGCCCAAAGACAUUCAGUUGGCCCGCCGAAUCCGCGGAGAGCGUGCAUAAGUCGAUUGCUUCCAAUACUUACAACAAAAACGGCUCUUUUAGGAGCCACCACAUCAAUAAAAGCAAUAACCAACAGAAAUGAAUUUUGUGUCCUUCCAUGUUUCCACUCCUUUAGGCACAAAAGCUAUGGCGAGUCGAAGGUCUAAAAUUUUCUUUCUUAUAACAAGCCAAACCGUUUUCGCAGCUCCAAGAAUGAGUAAGAUAUUUUUGUAACAAGAAUUUUUAAGUAAGGAACUUAGAAGGCAGAAAUCAACGAAAAUGAUACAAAUGUUUUAUCGGUUUAACUUGGUAACAAAUGAUGCGAAAAAAGCUACUUUACCUAUUUUUGUUCCCUGCCGAUGAAUUCUCCCAAUUGAUCGCGCGAUUUAUUUAGGAUAUUUAGUUUUAUGCGCAUGAAAUUGGUUAGUGAAUCAAAUCUGUAAAAACACUACAAAGUUGUCUGAAUAUUCUCAGGGAAAACAUAUCCAUAAAAACGGAAACCGCAGGAUUUAAAAAAUAGCUAGUGAAUGAGGCGCUCUUUCUUUUUUAAAAAUCUUUACCGUGUACAGCCGCCAACCCCUCAGAAAAUAUGAUCAUAACAUGGCCCAAUAAAUAUAAAAUGUUCCAGUCAUAAAAGUAAAUCAGAAGGAAGGUUAACCUUAUCUCCAUGACUAAAAACUGACCUUUCAGUUCUAACAAUAUUUUAACAGCUGACUGCCGCUCAUUUUUUGAAACACAAAAUGGUUCCAAACGAACAUCUAUAUUCACUGUCUACUAACAUAAGAUCGCUGCAUCUGCCAGUGGAAGGAAAUUUUGAUAUACCUUAGUUAAAUGCACAUCGAACCGUCGGUGUUUUUGCUAGUGACUCACUAAAAAAAUUACCUACAGUUAAUCAGAUCUCGAAAAUCUUGACCGCCUGUGACCAUUUAGACACUCAGCCUGAAUUUCAACAACUUAUGAAGUUUGGUCUUGUUGAAAUGCUCUCAAACUCGGUCCUGUUUAUCGGCAAACAGUUGAAACGUUCAGACGAAAAUGAAAUUCCCUGGAUUUGAUAAGCACCAGCUCAUCGUACUCCGGGAUCGUAAUAGCCUUCUCUCGACUUCUCUCCCUUGCGAAUGGAUGCAAGCGACUUUGUCCUUGUUACGAUGACAAAAGAGAGUUUAAACCAGGUUAAAUGAGAGAUAAUGUGAAGAUUAUAGCAAGAGACUUGAAGUGUAAUAGUUCUCCUAUCUCCCAAAUGUUUCUACACAGAAAAAAAGGUCGCAGGAGCAACAGUUAUACGACUUAAAAGAUAAAAUUGUUUCAAAAUUGACCGAAGGGGAAGGAUAAAAGGUCAUUUAUUAUUUCUUAUACUUGCCUUACCUCGCACUUAUUUAAGGUAAUCAGUUCUUCAAAGACUUAACGUUCAAUUUUUUAAUUUUAGAAGCGAUUAAUUUUUCUGUUACAUCACUUUAUUUGACAAAACCCACAGAAAACUAGCACAGAAGAAUCGGGCGCCAUGUUCGUUUGCUGUCUCCUCAGUGGUCCGCAUACAAGUAAUUUACAUCAGCUAACAGCAUCCGAAGCAUCAGUUCUUUCGUAUCCGAAGGUAUCGUUCAAACUCCAUCAUGUCUGAAGUAGCACAAGCAAAGUCACCGGCUAAGAAGAAGCCAUCUAAGCCUAAAAAGCCAGCUGAUCACCCCCCAUACAGUGAGAUGAUCAAAGCUGCUAUUGUAGCUCUGAAAGAGCGAGGCGGAUCUUCGCGCCAAGCCAUCGAGAAGUACAUCAAAGCCAACUACAAGGUUGGCGAGGUCGGCCCACACUUGAAGACGGCUCUCAAGAGAGGAGUUGCUGGUGGAAAGUUAGUACACACCAAAGGAGUUGGCGCUUCUGGUUCCUUCAAGGUGCCCAAGGAGGAAAAGAAGGCUCCGAAGAAACCAGCGAAGAAGCCAAAGAAGCCCGCCGCCAAGAAGGUAGCAAAGAAACCCGCGGCUAAAAAGCCAGCGGCGAAGAAACCAGCGGCUAAGAAGAAGCCAGCCAAGAAAGCAGCAGUUAAAAAGCCCAGUAAGAAAUCGACACCUAAAAAGACUGCAGCAAAGAAACCAGCCGACAAGAAAGCUACAGGAAAGAAGACAAAGAAGCCUGCAGCCAAAAAGCCCGCCAAGAAAACUGCCGCCAAAAAAACCGCCAAGAAGUAA